CUCACACUCCUCGUUUCUGGAGGAGUCGCAUCUCCCAUGAAAAAGCGAGUUCACUUUCUCCGACUCCACAUUCUGAGAGCAGUUUCCAACCUGAGCACUCCUUUCUUCCCCUCUCAUGUGCUUACCACUGCUUUCACUCGUCUCACACCGCCCGGGCGGAUCCAGACAGCUCCACCUGAAGAAACCUUCUCAUCAACAGUUUCAAAAUCAGACUUAAAUGUACCUGUUACCACUCGGCACUCUGAUUCCAAUUACACAGCCGUUCAAUUUUCAAUUCUUUUAAACUAUAGCGAGAGGCUUGGAAUACAGCAAGCAUGGAGAGAAUGGAAGACUCUCUGGAAACGCUGCCCGGUGAGAUUUCCAUCGAUGGGGAAAAUGAUCCCUUCGCAGAGGUUCCACUCUGGUCCAUGUGGGUGUCAACGAUGGCCCUCUCCAUCGCCUUUGUCAUUGGACUACCUCUUAAUGGUGCAACCGUAUUAAUAUUCUGGAGAUGGAAGAAAUUACGACAUUUGGUGAACUUUGUCCUACUUCUGGACUGCCUUUCACACAUCGUUUUGUGUCUCGUGUGCAUUCCGAUUCAUUUGGUCACUGUUUGGAGCAGUUCGAGCCUGGCUGGAUUGACGGGCCUCGCCACGCUUCAACAAGUGGUCGGAAAUCUUUCCAAUGUCUGCAGUACCUUUCUCACCGUCUCCAUCGCCAUUCUUCGAUACAGACGUCUCUGUUGGAAGAAAAAGGACAAGUUUUCCGCGUCAAAUGCAAUCAAAUGGUCGGUGCUAAUUGGGUGCGUGGCCCUGGCAGCUUUCACAUUCUCCCAAACCUACUCAUCCUUUCACAGCAAUGAUGAAAAGACGAUGCUGAUUUUUACUCUCGUCAAAAUCUUGUUGAUAAUUCUGUCGAUGGCAAUCGUCUUGUUCUGUUACAUUCGCAUAUCACAAAGAGUGUGGGCAAACGUUGCGAGUCAGGAGAAAGUGAUGGAUCACAUAAAGCAGAAGAAUAUCUGGAGAAAGUCCCGCAGAAAUCUCGCAGCUAGAGCCGCAAUUCACAGUUGCGUUCAAAUAAUCCUGGUAAUAGCCACACUGUCCCCACAUCUUUACGAGCAGAUGCUGGAAGCCUUGUGCUCCCAAAGUUUGCUGGAGAUUGCUGCUGCUCAAUCAUCAAAGUCGGUCGUGGGGUCCACUUCAAUCAGUGGAGGGGACGUCCAGGGAUAUCACGAUGACUUUAAUGUGAUGAUGGGUGACUCCGGUGGCUCGGGUAGUGGCGACGAAGACUGGCUGAGAAGUCCACAAAGCCCAGAAGCAGCAAUUCAAGAGGAUUCUUCCACUUCCUCGACCACAUUGUCGUCCAGCGACAACCACUUGGCACGACUUAUCGGGAUCACUAUUAACUACGCCCUUCUCAUACUUGGAACUCCAAUGGCGUACAUUGCAUCGUGUCACCGCUUUCGGGAACAAUUCACAUCCAUUCUCUUCAGCCAUGUUAUGCAUUCCCCACAAAAUUCAGCCUGCAACAAUCCCAAUAACAGUCCAAAACAUCAUCAUCAUCAUCAUCAAUCCAAGAAUCAAUUGUCCAGUUGCAGUGGAUUCCGGGCCUGUCGAUCACACGCACAAAGCCAAAGUCCAGGCCACACUAUUUACUCUUGUGGCAGGCCGUACUCUUCAACGACAACAACAAGAACUAAAACAGCCCCCGUUGGAAGCUUUUCGGGCUUAACUGCGAGAAAUUCUAUCUCCGUAUCAGCAAAUAAUACUUCCACCACUGUUACAAUUUCCAGAAGCAAUGGGUCCACAAAAUCUCGAGGUUCUAUUAAACGAAGUUCGAGUACGAAGAGGAAAGGUAGUCGCGGUCUGUUGGGGUCAGAGUUUAUUAUUGUGGAUUCCGACUCUACGGCCAUGUUGCACGAUCAGGAAUUGAGCAACUCUACCAAUCCGAAGGGGACCCCAACACCUAGCCCCACGAUGACUGACAAUGCCAACGGAUCGAAUGAGGAACGCAAAGGAUCAAUUUUCUGUACCAAUUUGCAGACUGCUUUCGUAGCAACUAGCAUUGAAAAUAUGGGCAGGAAGAAUAGUUUGCAAACAAUUUUGCAAAAUUAUGGGUAUGACUUUUCAGAUUUGGGGGAACUGGUUUAAGGACUCAACGCCAUCUGACUGAAACCUAUUAUUACCAUUGUUAUUGUACCUGGUUUUAUUAUAGCCAUUUAAUUAAUUGACGACAUAUACUGUCCUCUCCCUAUAAUAUUACGAUUCGUCACCCAUUUUAUCCUGAAAUAUUCUGUCAAGUACUUUACGUCCUGACUUUUAUUAUAUAACUACAUAUUUAUCUAUUUAAAGAAUAACCCACAUGAAGGCUGACUAGACACUACAGUAAAUAUUUAAUAUUGUGAUGAAGAGGAUAAGAAUCUGCCCAUAUUAAUUAAUUAUAGUUGAAUAUUUGAUAGUCGUUGUAUUUACCAGCAUGAACAUUUUCAUUACCAAUAAUAAUUUAAUAAUGUUUUCCCAACUCUCUCAUUGAACACAGGUCUUGAUGCCUGAAAUAAUGACAAUUAUGUAUUAAAUUAGAGGCUUGGCCAACAUGGUGGAAAAGUUACCCCUUCUUUCCCUCCACUUGAUAGUUAGGAGCUACACAUUUAUAUUGUUCCCUAACUAUUUAAAUAAAGUAUCGCAUGAAAUCUUGUCCCCGUAAAGUUUUAUGUGUUAAUGUCUAUAUAGGAAUAACUAUGCAUAAGUCUCAAUUCAUUACACUUUGACAUUAUACUUAAUAUAUUUACUGCAUUAAGAAGUCUCUACCAGCAAUUUAACCAAUCCACACAUUGUUGUUGUACGAUACACCAUUAAACACUGUGUACCCAUUAGUUUUAAACAAAUACUCGGUAUUAUUGGCUAAGUUAUUAUGCACAAUACAUGUAUAUACUUAUGUACUUAUGAAUGAAUAAAAUCUUUUCAUGGA